AUGCCACCGCACGCCUCAUCGUCCAUCACGCUUCCUCACGAACCUUCCCCCUCCGUCGUCAGCCCGAUCCACCAGAAGAUCAAGGAGAAGAUCGUGGCCUCGACCGAGCAAGACACGGUGCACAUCUUCCGCACGCUGCACAACACGGCGCGCGUGUACAAGAACGCGGUCGCGCAGCAGGUCGUCGCGCUCGAGCGCCGCCCGGGCGGCGCGAAGUUCGAGGACGUGCGCGAGCUCGUCUCGGGCCAGCGCGGGCGGCUCGUGUACGAGAUCGGGGACGCCGACUACGGCAUCUGGACCGCGGGGAUCGUCAUGGGCCUGAUCAAGGACAUCCCGACGUGCGAGGAGCUCCUGAAGCGGAUCGAGCGCGAGACGGAGGAGGCCAUCGAGGGGCUUGCGAAGCUCCGGGUUCCUGAGGCGAAGGCGAAACUGUAG